GCCGGAUUCAAUUUGAAAUCCUUUCAAAACCCAACCAUGCCGGUUUACUCAUUUCACGAUUCAUGCAAUCGUUAACGAAAUGAAAUGGCCAGUUACACAGAACCAUCCAUAAAAGGCCCAAUUUCACGUAGCAUGCAUGAGGGGAUGCAGGAACCGAAUUCCUCUCUAAUAAUAACAAACAGAUCUGUCUAAUAGAGAUUCCAAUUUGUAGAAGUACCGAGCAUAUAUAUAUAUAUAUAUACACUCACACAUAGUAUUAAAAAGGGAGAGGGAGAGGAUGUUACCAGUAGCAAUGCGUCCGAAUGCCACUUCUCCUUUAAGAAACCAACCCACCAUUUGAUGCAUAGAGCAACCAGUAAAUCCAAAAACUGUUUUCUUUCGACGACUAUCGAAUGUCACCAUUUCCUCUUUGUAACCAACCACAAUAAAGGACAAGGAUGACUGGCAUGAUAUUGAAUAUCAUAUGCACGAAUCUCUUAUUCGGAAUCCAUUUAUGAAUAGCAUACGCCUUCAACUCACUCUCUACUCCAGAAUCCAUUAUUUCAAUAAAUAACAAAUAACACUCUAAGAUUGUCAGGAACUGGUAGGAAAGAAUCGAUUGAAGGCGUGAAUUAAUCACUCUCCUUAGAGUGUUAUUUGCCCCCACUACAAAUUGCUGGUAGGCUUGAGCAAACCACCCCCAGGAGUCCCUUCAAUUUUAAGUCUGGAAGCAGCAAUCUUGCAGACUUCUGUGGCUAUGAAAUAGAGAAGGAAACAGGAAGAAGAAGGAAUCUCUCGUUAUCAAAAGAGUUAUGGCAAUCAUCUAUUUAUAGUUGUGAAAACUGGAAGUUACCUUCCGAAGAGUCACAUCUUUUCACAUAAAAGGUAGUUACCUUUCCCGAAAGGACACAUCCUUUCACAGAAAAGGGAAGUUACCUUUCUAGAAGGACACUUUUUUUCACAAUAUUCAAACGCUAACUAAUUAAUAUAAAAAUUAAUUAAUUAAUUAAACUGCCAAAAAUACUCAAUUCUUAUACUUUUCUUCUCCCAUCAAUGUGGUAUUACAACUCUAUUGACUAACUCUAACAAUAUGAGUCUAUGACUACAUACCCCGAUGCUGCAGGCAGGCAUGUUGGGGAGUUUAGUCUGUUUGCUUCUUAAGUUCCUUGUUCUGAGGAUUGAAAUGUCAAGAAAAAACUACCAAAGGACUGAAAGCGCAGCAGAAUUUAUUUAACGUACCUAUUUUAUAGUAAACAAAUCAUCCAAUGCCGAGUCUUUCUUUUCCAAGCUUCCUGUACCGAAUCGCGACGACCAAUAGACCAUGACCUUGCGCCCCGCACUGAACCAUUCAACACAACGAAGGAGUUUCAACAUAUUGUCAAAAAAAAAAAAAAAAGGAGUUUCAACACGCCAAAUCAAUCCAUUCCAACGCAGUCACUUUCCUCCCAUUUCCCAUAAAACCCAUUUCCCAAAACACAAAUGCAAAUCUGAAAAUCCCUCGCUCCGUCCGAAAAUUAAAUUGCAGAGCCAUGAAGUUCGGCUUCCAAUUCGCCUCCGCCGCCAUUACAGCGCUGCUGCUAGUCUUCUCCUCCUUCCCGCCGCCUGUUUCCGGUAGGUUCUUCCCAAACAUAACCUCCCUCCCGCGCGAUUUACCUCUCAAGCCCAAUUUCACCACCGCCUGGGAGUCCUUCCAGAACCUCUCCGGCUGCCGCGCCGGCGAGAAGCUCGACGGCCUCUCCAAGCUCAAGAAGUACUUCCACCACUUCGGCUACAUCCCCGACAACGCCUACAAUCUCACGGAUCUGUUCGACGACUCGCUCGAAUCCGCCGUGAAGACCUACCAGAAGAACUUCAAUCUCAACGUCACGGGCCAGCUCGACGACCGGACCCUCCGCCAGAUCGUGCUCCCCAGAUGCGGCAACGCCGACAUAGUCAACGGCUCCACGACGAUGAACUCCGGGCGGCCGGCCAAUUCGACGGGCCAGAUCCACAGUGUGGGCCGGUACUCGUUCUUCCCCGGGACCCCGCGCUGGCCGGCGAGCCGUCGGGAUCUGACCUACGCCUUCCUCCCGAACAACCAGUUGUCGCCGGAGGUGAGGAGCGUGUUCGGCACCGCGUUCGACCGAUGGUCGGAGGUCGCGACGCUGACGUUCACGGAGACGGACAACUACCUGACCGCGGACAUCCGGGUCGGGUUCUUCAGCGGCGACCACGGCGACGGGGAGGCGUUCGACGGCGCCCUGGGGACCCUGGCCCACGCGUUCUCGCCGCCGAGCGGGCGGCUUCACCUCGACGGCGACGAGAACUGGGUGGUCGCGGGAUCCAACGGCGACAUCGCGCUGCCGUCGGCCGUGGAUCUGGAGUCGGUGGCGGUGCACGAGAUCGGUCACUUGUUGGGGUUGGGCCACUCGUCGAUUGAGUCGGCGAUCAUGUACCCGACCAUUUCGUCGCGGACUCGAAAGGUUGAGUUGGCGCAGGACGACAUCGACGGCGUGCAGCAGUUGUACGGCAGCAACCCCAACUUCAACGGCACAUCUACGCCGUCCAUUCAGGAGAGGGAUACGAGUGGGGCCCAUGGUGAGGAGAGAUGGGGCUUUGUUACUCUCUUGCUGGCCGUUGGAUUGAUAUUGCUUUGUGUAUAGGUCGUCCGUGCUUUUUUCUUUUGUGCGACGGCCGACGGCCGUCCUUAUACUUUUGUGGUUGGAUUUGUAAUUUAUUUGACUUCUGUCGCGUAGUAAUUUUGUAAUCCAUUAUAUAUGAUUAUAAUUUAUACGCGCUUUAUUUUCAAGUUUCUUUUUUAUUAUUCUAUUCUAGCUGUGUAUUAUUGAUUAGUAUUCAACUCUUUACUUAUAAGAGAUGAUACAUUCCCUUAUUCAUUUUUCAAUUUACUACUUUUUUAUAUCAAUUCACAUGUCGUCCCAUAACAUGCAAAUUCAUGAACUUAAUUAAAGAAUAAUAUCAUUUCCAGUGACAAAGUUAAGAAGUGCUAGAAUACAAAAUUAUUUUGACAUCUUGAUAUUUGUGAUAAUAUAGUUUAAUAUAAAAUUUCAUCAUUUUAAUAAGAUAGUUUGUAGAUUAUUUUUAUAUAAACAGUAUUAAUUAAUUACGACCAACAUUUUGAUAUUUUUUUUUAAUUUGGGCAUAAUUUUAUUUUUACAUCAAUAUGACGUUAGGAGUGAUGCAAACAUAGAAUUUCGUUCUAGAUUAUUGUUCAUUAAUGGAAAGAUGAAACUACAAUUAUAUAUGCCAACUAAAAUAGUUAACCAACAUAUGCAUAAGCAAUUAAACAAUGGUUAAGCAAUUAAAAUAAUUAAGAUAAGAGGAAUAUUGGAAUUAAGAUGUAAUUAAGCAAUUAAGUCAUAUAAGCAAUUAAACAAUAAGUAAUUACAUAAGAGGAGUCUUGAAAUCCCCUCCAAUAAUAUAUGAUAUAGUUUUGUGUACUUUUCUUCAUUUCAAAUUUCCUGUAACGAGAGUAAAAGUAGGAAGGGAUUUUAGUCUUUAUAAGACUUUAUUAAUUCAUAUAAAAUGAUAUUAAUGUCUAGAUUUGAACCGUCAUCUCUUCGAACAAAGACAACAAACAUAACCAAUUACACUAAACAAAUAUGUUGUAGUUUUUUUAAUACAAAACAUAGAUGAAGUUAAACUCUGAAAAUCCGUAGACUUUUCCAUCAUGAUUAGUUAUCCCACUAAUUCUCCUGUAAGUAUUUGGUGCUUGAUACAUAGAUUUUCAUAGUAGAGUUUCAUGUAACUUUCUCCAUUUCAAAUUCCGACUCUCCUUAAUUUUUACUAAGGGUAAAUUAGUACAUGACUAACAUGGUAAAAACUAUUUCUUUUACUACGUGUUAGGUCCUUUCAUUUAUUUAAUUUAAUUUUUUUUUUGCUCUUUUUUUUUGUUCCUAUCCCUUCAUAAGUUCCUAUGAAAAUUCCUCCACAGUGUAAUAGUUUACUCUCUUUCACUUCCCAGUACAAGGUCGCCUAUGAAAAUUAAUCUUUUGAUAUCUCUUAGUACUACGGUUUGAUUGUUGAGGAUUGAAGCUGGGCAAGUAGAAGAUUUCGACUCUGAUAUAAGUCCAUGACGAAUAGAAUGAAGUUCAAUGAAGUAGUUAGGGUCUGGCCUAUCUCGCUCGAUUCCUCCGCACUGGCCUGUAAGAUGAUAUAUUUAUGGUUAAUGGUUCGCAUUUUUCAUAAUUGUGUUGUUAUGGUACUUAUAUAAUUCUCUUCUACGGACUACGCUGACCCUUUGAGAACAUCCGAUAAGUCUACUAUGUGCUCAUGAAAGUUGAUACAACAUAAAUCUAAAUUUUCGUAACCGUCCCGACGCAUAGUGAUGACUCGGUAUUUGCACAUGUUUUCCCCUUUGUUUCUUGAUUGUUUGAGCUUGAAUUCUUGCGUCUUUGGCCUAUUUUAUGCUAGGUUGUGUUCCUUUGUCCCAUUUCAGGUCCUAGCACAUAAAGUGAAGCAUAGGCG